GACUCAAAUGCAGACAAGCGGGAAGAGGCAAAAGCGGAAAUUAGCGGCUGGGAUGAGGAGCGGAAUGGAAGCCGAUGUGAGAAGAAAAACCACAGAAACAAAAGGGAAGAGAAAACCUGAGCAGCAAACUGAAAUAAAUACUAAUCUAAUGAAACAAAUCCAAAAUACAUUGACAAUAACUGAACUAACUCAAUAAAAUAAAAAUGAAGACAUGAUCAAAACAACCAAACACCAAAGGAUCAGAACACAUAAAAACCUUUAUAGAUUCAAUAAUCUGUUAAACUAGUUUGACAAAACAAAAAUUUUAAAAAAUGGGGAUUUUUAGGGGUUUUUUUGUGUGUUUGUUUGGUAUUUUUUUAAAUAAACAUACCCAUAUGUACGUUUAAUAAUCAUCCUCUUACUAUUAAAGUUAGUUGGAAUUAGUUUGACCAGAGAAUUUAUUUUUUUUUUUUUUUUUUUUUUUCUGGUGUCAGACUUGACAACACAGACAUGACAGACGCGACUGCGUGAGAAAAGAAAAACUGACAGAGCGAGCGCGAGGCGGAAGACUGAGUCAGUCUUCAGUCAGGCAGCAGACGGAGAGGAUCAUGAGACGGACCAGGUUUCCUUCCCAUCACCAGCAUCACUCCAGACCCAGCUAAGGAACGAUGUCUAACAACACCACGGUGCAGGACUACCCUUGCGUGCGCUUCUACGUGUCCACCCUCUCCUUCUCGGUCCUUCUCUUCUUCAACCUCAUCAUCAACUGGACCAUAGUCCGGGAGGAGCGGCUGCGGAGCCAUGCGCGCUUCGUGCUGGUCUUCCACCUGCUGGUGUCCGCUCUGGUCCACCUGGGCAUGAGCAGCGUCUUCUACUACCAGAUCCACCUGCACGCGCGGCCGAGCCGCACUGCUUGCCGGGCCAUGAUCACCGUCCUGAUCAGCAGCGCCUCCAACAUUCUGCUGACGCUCACGGCCAUGGCUCUGGACCGCUUCGUGGCCGUGUGCUACCCGAUGCGCUACACCUCCGCCUGCAAGGCGGCGUACUGGCCGUGGCUGCUGGGCUUGCUCACCUGGAUGGUAGCCCUGGUGAUCCCCCUCAGCCUGCCUGUCAACUCGGGUCCCCAGGCGAGGGACCCCGACACUUGCGACCGGAAUAAGCUGAAAAAGGGCGAGCUCCAGAAGGUGCUGUUCAUCGGACUGUGCACGCUGCUCAUUCUCUACAGUUACGUGCGGAUCCUGGUGGAGGGACGGCGCCUCGGGGUGCUCAACCGGAGGAACCGGGCCGGCUGCAGGACCAUCGCCCUGCACGGCACCCAGCUGGCCGUUUACAUCCUGCCCAACUUCGUGAACUUCGUGUUGUACCUCAUGUUGAACAAAAACAUUAUUGAGCGUGACACCAAGGAGCUGUCCGCCGUGGUUAUCUUUGCGUUCUUCAGCGUGGCGCAGUGCGUGGCGCCCGUUGUUUACGGCUUGCGCAAAGAGGAACUUCUGGAACAGCUGAAUCGUCGAUUCCCCUGCUGCUCCCGGUACCUGAAGGCUGUGCUCGGCUGGACAGUGAGAGCCAACUGGCCCCACACACAAUCCAGAGGAAGGGAGCGAACGCUGACUGCUCAGACCAUCAUCUCCCUGGAGGUCCCACAAGAGAACCGGGAGGAGGAGAGGGAGCCGCUGCCGGACACCAGUCUCUCACACGACUCACAUUCAUACAAAGGAGUUAUGGAAAAUGCCUGAUGGGAGGGAGGCUGAUAAGGGAGAAGCUUUUGUUUCCAACAGAUAUUUUUAUCUUGUGCUGGAAAAGAACUCGUAAGACGCUUCUCGUAAAUUCCUUCAUAAGAAAAUUGAACAAGGAUGUGCAGAUGCAAGGGAAAACACAAAGCCAGACCUUGAACUUUCAAUUUUUCUCUCAUCUGAAGCGUUCUCCAAGGCCAGGUGGAACAGUUCUCUGAUUGCAGAACUCAUUUUUAUGGCUUAGGGGAACCCAGUCCUCCGUCUGAAUCCGACCCCUUCCUCCUUUUGGGAUUACACUGUCUGGCAAGUAGGAUAUAUCCUAACGUUUAGUCAUCUGGAUGUUUGGCAUUAUUCUUACCCUGUGAUACCGUAAACUGUGUAACACCUGAAAUUCCUGGUCUACUGAUUUCCAGAGGUUGAAAUCAGCAGAAGGAACUAAAAUGACUCCAGACAUUUAGAUUUUCACGAGAGGAAUCAACACUUUGGCCUGUGUUCGAGAAACAUCAAAGCACACAAACAACUUAACAUGCCUGUUUGUUAAAAAAGCAAACAUAUUUUGUAAAAACUGCUUUAAGUUAUUUGUAUAGAUUUAAAUACGAAAUAUUUUUACGUUACUUAUCUUUUUUAUGCGGAAUUUGGAUAUUUUUGACCAAAAGUUGAGCAUCAAUUACAUUUUGAUCAAAGGAAAAAUACGUUCAAAGAACCAUUUCCUUUUUUUUCUCCAAGGGUUAGAAAAAAAAAAUUUGCUUAAUAUUUGGAAGUUGCUUUUCUUUUAGAGUGAUGAGAAACAAAUGGCAGAAAUCACAUAUAGUCUGCUUUCUGCUUGUUCAUCACACCGUUAUGCAACUUACCACUUAUUUCAUAAACUUACUCCCCUUUUACUAACUAUUUUCAGCUGAGCCCAUAAGCUACAGAACAUCUCAAAAUGUGAAUUUUUUUUUCCUUUAUAUCUUACUGUUUUUCAAAAAUAUCAGAAAAAUAAAUAUUUAAAACAUUACAUUUUAUUGUAGUAUAUUUACUUUUGGCAUUGUGUUUCUUCAUAAAAAGACAGUGCAACCAACACGAAAGGCAGCUUUCAAAUGAUUUUUUUAAAGGAACAGUGCUACAAUUUUACUUCAGAUUAAAUCAUGAUUUCAAUGGAAUUUAACAAAAAAAAGAUUAAUCAAAUUUACUAACCACAUCCAGACUAUAACAGCCUGAUGUUAAGAAAAAACAUAUUACUUGAAUAGGACCUGUCUGACCACAUGAAGUAGGCUAAAAGAUCCCAAAAAGCAACAGGUCUGUAUGGAAAGGAUUAUGAAGCAAUUUCUAGAGCUUUGGUUCCACAAAAUGGCAUCCAGGAUAGAGUUCCGGUACCAAAACCACUGCUGAUCAAAAAGACAUGUCAUUUACCAAAAAACAGAUUGAUAAUCCUUAAGGCUUUUUUCACUAAUGCUAAGGCAGCACUAGUUAGGUUAUGGGAAAAAGGAUGGUCAACGUCUCUGUAUCACUUAACAUUCCCUGGACUUUCCCCAACAUUCAGAAAACCCAUUUAACUUCAAAAAAAUGAAUAUGCAAAACAAGACGGUUUACCUCAAAACAGAAAAGUCAGACAUUAACAUUAGCAGUUUGUUUUAUUAACUCGUGACUAAUAUUUUUUCAUAUUCUGUUAGCUUAUGUUUGAAUACAUUUGAAUUAACAAUUAAAACCUCAUUGGUGACGUAUUUUACACAAAUGUUAUAUAAAAAGGUCGUAUAUGGCAGUGGUCCGCGCAAGAAAUAAUUAAAUAUGUCCCUUCUAUGUAUUGAGUCUGGAGGAGCUUUUAUUUUGAAAAUCCUAAACAGGAUGCUGUCCGUUACGUCUUGCGCGCCAACAUGCAGCAGAAUGAGUGAGAAACAACGGCGUGCUGUUGAUAAUAUCCCAAAAUAUAAUAGAGGAAACUUACAGCUGACUUUACAGUUUCAACUAUUUGUGAAAUGCAUGUUCUCACUUAUACAAGCUAAGUAUACAACUCAGAAAAAUACUCUUGAUAAAGGAGGCAGUUUGUACUGAUAGCUUUACUGGCGGCUUACCAUGUUACUAUUAAUGGCAGUCUUGUAUCUUAACAGAAAACUAAAGAUUAGAUAGCAAAUUCUUCUCAGACCAAUAACUGAUAAAGGCGCUCAAAUUUUAAUACACAUACAAAAUUAGAGGAACUACAGCCUCUAACUUUACGUAAAUAAAUCUAAAAACAAAAACAAAAAACAUGCAUGAUUUCUUUUUGGUUCAGUUUAACACUGCAUGCCUAUUUGCUCCUCUAGUCUUCAGUAUCAAACAACACAAAUUUAGAGAGCCAUCACAGAAAGUACCAGAUUAUUUCCUGGCAGGAAAGAGAAAAGUUGCUUUGUUAGACGAAUCUUUCCAAACAAUUGCUGACAUUUGCUUCAACUUGCUUAUCUAUUGCCUGGGGUUUACCACAGUGGGGGAUUGCACUGCCGCUGCCCGAGUUGACAGUUGAGUUUCACGGCGAUGGCAGCACAGGACAGGGGAAUUCUGCUCAUUGGAUGCCGCAUUUUGCCUUGUGAGACAUUUCUACCACAGCCCGCGUCCGAUCCGAGUCUCGCACUCGCAAGACUUGCUCGUACUUCAAAGCACAACCUGUGUACACACUCUUGGCGCCGCGCUUACGGGCAUUCC